CUUCGUGCAGCACACAAGUGUAAUAAACGAUGCGAAUACAACUUCCAUGCGGUUUUGUUUGGUAGAAGUACCCAAUGAAAAUUCUGUAUCGCGAUAUCAAAAAAGCACAGGACACCUGAGCAAAUUUUCUCGCAGCCCGACCAUCAAAUCACCAUUUUGCUCCUCCCAGCAACUGCUUAUUUGCUCGUCGCAGUGACAAGACUUUAUUUUUAUAGAUAUCCGCCAACUGUACCACUAGUACCAUCUUCACGAAUUUGCUUUUUCUUGUUGAAUCGUCAGGAGACAGACUUGGUCUUCACCUUCGACUUGUUCUUCACCUUCAGUAAGUACCAUCUUCUUCGACUUGUUCUGCACCGUCAGGAGACAGAAGGAACAGCGCUUUUUAGUACUACGCGAAGGAGAAAAUAAACAAGCACGACCAUGUCGCUGUCCACGUUGCGGCGGGUAGCUCCGGCGGUGCUACUCGACUUUUACACCAGUGAAAACAACCUGACGCAGGGCUUUCAGGUCGUUUUGCGCCGGGCAGGGGAACAAGAUGACGGGGACACGUGCGAGAACAAAAGCGACGAAUGGCUGCCGCUUUGCGAAAUGGGCAAGGACUGUGGCGUGUUUAAACAAAUCGAGCAAAUUGGCGAGCAGAAGCAGUGCACCAUCUCUGGGUUGAAAAACCAGGCAGUGCUGGGCGGGGCGUUAAUCAGAAGUCGUAACAAGUGUGAGCAAGACUGCGCGGACACCCCCGGCUGCCUCGGUAUCGUGCAGCGGAUCCGCGCCCAGCGCGACGCGUGUGCUCUGAUGCGUGGCGCCGAAGAUUUCGAACCUAAAAUCGAUGGAUCGGCGAAUGCCAUUCAGCUUUCGAACUUGCAACUAUCGAUACCGUUGUUCGGUAUCAGCCGCUAUUGCGAUCCAGAAACGUUUUGCGGCUGCGAAGCGAUGCGGGAAAAGUGGUUGCCUGAGUGCGGGGCAGAGGAUUGCGGCACUUGGAAGACAUUGGACGCGGCGGCAGAGGACGCGGGGUGUUGGGUGGAGGACACGGGCGACACGAACGCGGGCAGCACACCCCUACAAGACAUGCUGACACACCUGGCAGAUGGAGAAGGAGGCGACAAAGAUCGCGAGCUGUGCAAGCAGGAGUGUGAAGACAAUGAUGAGUGUGUGGGAAUCGCGCAGUACUACAAGAGCAGCAUCAUUCGCCCUUGUGAAAUGUUCCUCAAGAACAGCUAUCAAAUGUAAAAAUGUCUGGGUCUGGAAACUUGUGAUGCUGGGUGGCGUCUCAUGAUGAGGCUACAGAUGCUGGCUCAGCAUGACAAGUUUCUGAGCUCCUAGGUGUUGCCAAUUCUGCAUGACAAACUGCGCUUCUGCAUCACAGAAAAGCGGAGCUCUUGGGUAACGUGCAUGACAGAUUGAAGAGCCAUGCCAGACAAGCAUGACAAACAUGAAUUCUUCCAGACCCAGACAUUUUUACACUUGAUAACAGCGUCGGCAUUGCGGGCCCAAACGACCUGAAAUUGACGACAUUACCGUCGAACAACAAAGUCACGGGGAUCAGUCGUUACUGCGGGAAAUGCGAGACGGCUCCCGGACCUGUGGGUGGUGGAACGGGGAUCGGUACGCCGGCUCCCGGACCUGCGGGUGGUGAAAGCAGUACGCCGGCUCCCGGACCCGGACCUGCGGGGGGUGAAAGCAGUACGCCGGCUCCCGGACCCGGACCUGCGGGGGGUGACAGCAGUCCGCCGGCUCCCGGACCCGAACCAGCGGGUGAUGAAAGUUCGCCGCCGCCCGGAGACGUUGCCACCGACACUCACGUCACUGGCGCGGUGGAUGCUUCAAAGCUCGCGACCCCGGCCCCUGUGGUCGCCUGCUGCUAG